AAUACUUUUACAUAAUUUAAUACGUCUUUGUUUGACUGCUUGGUUAAGAUUUAAGCACAUUUGGGCAUUGCGAACACCCAACAAUUGAUUCCACACUUCUAGCGUAGAGGAAUUGCCUUCAAGUAUUAACAACAUUUGCUGGUCUAUCCUGACGAAAGCUCCUCAAUCCAUUUGAACUAAAUCAUUCUUCAGGUACACAAAAGCCAAUUGAUAAGUUGAAAUGGCGACAAAGGAUUUCAAUUCAAACGACGAUGAAGCAGUCAAUAUAGAGUGUAGGAGGCUUUAUGUGGCUGCGAUGAAUGGUGACUGGAAAUCUGUUAAGGACAUACCAAACAUUGAAAGAAAAAUUACAAAGAAAGGAGAAACCACUCUUCAUAUUGCUGCUGCAGCAAACCAAGAAGAGUUUGUGAAGAAUUUAGUGAAUAGAUUGAGCUGCGAAAACCUAACAGCUGUAAACAUUGUUGGGAACACUGCUUUGACCUAUGCUGCUGCAACUGGAAAUGUGAAUAUUGCCAAGGCGAUGAUGAAGAAAAAUAGUAACCUGCCAAAUCUAGGUAUUAGGGUGAAACCACUCUUUAUGGCUGCUUCGUUAGGACACAGUCAAAUGGUGCAGUUUCUUUAUUCUCAGACUAAAGAGAUAGUUUGCGGGUGGGAUGAAAAUGAACAAGCUAAACUAUUUAUCAGUUGUGUCGAGGGUAACUUAUACGGAGUAGCAUUGGAAAUGCUGAAGGCCAACCCUAAUUUUGCUACCGCUAGAAACACGGAUGGAGACAGUGCAUUGCAUGUGUUAGCUCGCAAUCCUUCUGCAUUUGUUAGUCAAACUCGACCACGGUUGAAGUUAAAACAGGAAAACUCGAAGCAAUCUCAAGCCAAUAAACUAUUUGAAAAUUGUCUUCAGGCUUACAGAGGUGAUGUUGAGAAUUCAUCAGUGAUUCCACAUGUUCUGUUUGAUGCAGCAGAAGCAGGAAAUAAUGAGUGCUUGAUCAUGCUUAUUCGUUUUGACUUUGAUCUAUUAUGGAAAACAAGAAAUAGUAAAAGCAUAUUUCAUGUAGCUGUUGAGAAGCGCCAUGAAAGCAUAUUCAAUUUACUUUAUGAGGUAGGCUCAAUUGGAGAUCUAAUAAUAAAUACAAAAACUGAAGAUACAGGCAACAUUUUGCAUUUAGCUGCAGGAUUGGCGCCUAAAGAGAAGCUGAAUGCUAUAUCAGGAGCAGCUCUUCAAAUGCAACGAGAAAUAUUAUGGUUCAAGGAGGUGGAAAAGGUUGUACCACCUGCGUUCAAAGAAAUGAAAAAUGGAAACGGGGAAACACCGUAUGUUUUAUUUGCGAGGACACACGAGGAAUUAAGGACGAAGGGAGAGAAGUGGAUGAUGGACACAGCUGAGUUUUCUAUGGUGGUUGCUACACUAAUUAGCUUUAUAAUGUUUACAGCCAUAAAAGCUGAUAAACUAAAGGAGAGUCCUAAUCUUUUUAUGGUCUUCUCAGUUUCAAGUGCAAUAGCAUUAUUUUGCUCAUCAACAUCCCUAGUAAUUUUCUUAUCCAUCCUUACCUCGCGUUAUUCAUACAACGACUUUCUUGUGUGGUUACCUAUUAGGUUGAUGAUUGGAGUCGCUUCACUUUUCAUCGCAAUUGCCGCCAUGAUGGUUACAUUUUCUGCAUCCUUUUGGUCAGAUAAUCAUAAUCAUCAGGAAUUGCCCUUGAUCUUUGUUGUCAUUGGUUUAUUCGCUUGUGUGUCAAUCUUAGGCUUGUUGCUGAAGUACCGCCUAUUUGUUGAUAUAGUCCGAUCUACCUUCUUUCGGUUUAAGAAACGUCGACGUCUACUUUAGGAGGAGGUAUCCUAUGGUCUAUUAUGUAGCGGGUGUCUUACAGUGAAUCCAACACUCCCUGCAAAAUGCUGGCGUAUAAAAUAAUUGUUGUUACUUUAACAGGAAUGGUCAGUCAAGUGCUAACUACUCAAUCUUUCUGUUGCUUUCCUUUCUACGUAUGUGUGAAAUGACUAUGAAUAAAUUUGUAUUAUAACGCUGGAUGAUGUUAAACACAUAUAAUC